AUCCAUUCAGUGGGGCCCACUCUUCACGCGACGUCGUUUGCUUUCUCCCACUGCCCUCCUCCCCUCCCCCAGCAAGAAUUCCAUUUCCUUCCUCCGUAGUUGUCAGUUGAUGCUAUGCUUCUUCUUUCCCCCUGGCAACUGAAUCCCUAAAGCCCAAUCUCUCAUCACGCCGCCGAGUUCUCUCCGUCGCUUGCGGUGUCGUUUUCAAUGGAGUUGAUGUCCCUCAGCAACCUUAACCCUAGUUCUCUGAACAGAGCUCUUCCUACUCCGCCUGUCACGCUCUAUGCUUCAUCGUCUCUGCCCCUCCAUCUGCCUCUUAAUCGAUGUCGUUUCAGAGUCCCGAAGUUGGCUCGAGCCCUCGUCCCUUCGGCAGUUCCUGGAUUCAGCUUUUGCUAUCCAUAUUCUGAAGAGGCCUCGCUGAAUCGAUCCUUCGUUGCUUUCGCUGCCUCUCACGAGGACUCGAAGCAUUCGGAGAUUGAAGUGGAGAAGGAGAAGAGUGACAUUGAUGCAGAAGAUGAGGUAUCCCAGGAAGCGUGGAAACAAGCUUUUGCUUCUUUCAAAGAGCAGGUAUUGAAAAUGCAAAGCGUGUCGCUGGAAGCCUACAAGGUUAACUCUCAGAAAGCCAUGGUUGUCUUGAAGGAAACCUCCGAGCAGCUCAGAAUUCAAGCAGAAAAGGCGAAACAAGAUUUGGGUGCACUAGCAAAAGAGAUUGGUGAAGAUGGCAAAGAAUACAUUUUGAAAGCAGCAGAAGAUUCACCUGCAGAAGUGAAAGAGGUCAUUGAAGCUUUUGCCUCUGUUGACGAUCUCAAAGAUGUUUCUCGAGUAGAUGACUUUCACAUUGGAGUACCUUAUGGUCUGCUUCUGUUUGUGGGGGGCUUUCUUUCCUUUAUGGUAACUGGCAGCAUUGCCGCAAUUAGGUUUGGAGUCAUUCUCGGUGGAGCUAUUUUUGCAUUAAGCCUAGCAAGUCUAAAGUCUCAGAAGAAAGGAGAAUCAUCUACGAAGUUCUUAAAAGGACAGGCAGGUAUAACGACAAUCAUAUUUUUGAGAGAGUUGCAGUUGCUGUUAUCUCGGAGAUGUGGGUUCCUGGGCCCUGUGACUACCCUUAUUAGCGGUGGUGUAUUAGCGUUUCUCGUAUACAAGAUUGCAAACAACAAGGGUAAAGGAACAAACUUAGAAGGCAGAGCAGAAAACUGAUGACAUCCUUCCAGAGGUGGGUAAUGGAAUUGUCGGAGACGGCGACAGUUACAAAGUGAAGAAAAAGUUCAAGAAGCGUGUUAAGUGACUCACUCAGGUAAUAAUAAUGAAGUGACUUCACAAGAUCGCAUCUUUUGAUGUGCGUUGGGAGCAUUGCUUUGAUUGUUGUUAUCUCCUCCCCUCGUUGUCCUGUCGUACGCUACCAAAUUUCACUGUGUUCCGUGCAGCGAUCUCUAAAUGUUCCCUUGAAUAUCUUUUUUUUUUUUAAGAUUUCCUUCUAGGUUAAGGUUAGGAUUAGAGGAUUCAUAUGCAUAGGAUCAAGUUUCAUGUUUUUUGUCUUAA